AUGUCGGAAAUUUGGCCAUUGUAUGUUCUACGCACCGGGGCCGAAGAUAAGGAAACAGUACAAGCUUGGAACACAGACCUCGAUUCGAUUCUCAUAUUCGUGCGUCUAAUCCGGUGGAUGCAGGCGGCUCUAUUCUCGUCAGCAUUAACCACCUUCAUUAUCGAGUCCUACCGAAAUCUGCAACCAGAUCCAACAUCCGUGCUGCUUCAAGCGAUUCUAGUCGAGCUGAUGAUGACCCGCGAUCCCGCCACGGCUCCUAGCACACUGGUGCAGCAGUUCAAAGUCGCCGCCUCCGCCGUGCGGGUGAACGUCUACUGGUUCACAAGCCUCAUUCUGAGUCUGUCAACAGCACUCAUCGCUAUCUUAGCAAAGCAGUGGGUCAACUACUUGCUUGCUGGUCUAUCUCCUGUUCCGUCCUCUCGAGCCCGACAUCGCCAAUACCGCAUGGACGGCAUGCGCCGGUGGAACCUGCCCGCGGUCCUCUCCUUCCUACCGGUCCUACUUCACAUCUCACUACUCCUGUUCUUCACCGGCCUCGUCGAUUUCAUCUGGGGCCUGAACGACACUGUUGCCAUCAUCUCUGCUGUCCUCGUCUGCAUCACAGCCUUUGUGUACUUUCUCGCGAACCUUCUC